UUCAAUAGAAAAUGCAAUAAACUAUUCCCAUAGAGUCAGUUCGAGCACUUCAAAUUCAAAAGGUAAGAAAGUUAUUUCCAUUUGCAUUGAAUGAAACUUGCAUAACAUAUUAAUCUAUAGCUGAUCUGUAUACAUUUAUGAUGGAAUAUGAAUAUGAUGAGAAUAUUUAGAAAUUAAGGAAUCGUUUAUAUCUAUUGUUUAAUGUUUUUUAUAGAAUAAUCGAAUAAUUAAUUAAAAUUUACUAGAUAGUUAAGAUAACUAGAUUAAAUGUGAAACACAUAUUAGUCGAUAUCUAGAGAGAGGAUUCACUAAGGAUACACUUUAUUAAUCUUCAUGAAAAGGAUAAUCUAAUUUCAUUUGAUGAGAACUUAUAAGAAAUAUCAUAAAUGUGCAUGGAUAUAUUAAAGAAUCAUUAGAAUUAAAUGAUGAAGAAAAUUAAUGAUAUGCCAGAUCAUAAAUCUAAUGAAGAAUCAAAUGGAUAUGAAGAGAAUUAACUAAUUAAGGAGAUCCAAUAUGCAACUAUCUUAUCGAAUUAGUUCCUGGAGUUAUUGAAGGGACCUAUGAAUUUCAAGGAUGUUCUUAAAUUUCUUGUACAAAACAAAAUUGAAUUGAGUUUUAAUAGUCCCUUAUAAUAUAUUCAUGAGGAGGAGAGGACUGCAAUAUAAUUUGACGAAUAUUGA